AUGGCGGAAACACCCCAGCACACAAUGAUCGCCCUUCGGUACUAUGGACCAAAGGACCUGAGGCUUGAGCAGAUCCCCUCCCGCGCAUGCCGCCCCAACGAAGUUCGCGUCAAGAUUGCGUAUUGUGGAAUCUGCGGUUCUGACAUUCACGAAUAUCUCGGAGGGCCUAUAUUCCCGCCCAAGGCCGGAGAGACAAACCCAUGGACAGGCGAGAGUUUGCCCGUGACACUAGGCCAUGAGUUCUCCGGAGUGAUUGUCGAGCUGGGAUCCGCCGUGAACGGUCUUCAAGUCGGCUCCAGGGUUUCGGUGAACCCAGCACUCGAUGACCGGCAUUACGAAGUCGAACCCUGCACAAUUUGCCAACUCGGAAAGCACAACAUUUGCAAACGAUAUGCCUCGUAUGGAAUGAGUGCCGACGGCGGCGGCUUCGCGUCGGAGAUCGUAGUUCACGCCAUCAGCUGCAUCCCCCUUCCAGAGUCUGUCUCUCUCCAGGUCGGCGCACUUCUGGAGCCCCUCGCAGUCGCCUGGCACUCCAUUCGACUCUCAGAAUUCCAACCCAGACAGACAGCCGUGGUAUUGGGGGCAGGCCCGAUCGGCUUGGCGAUCGUGAUGCUUCUCCGAGUAUGGGGCGCCGGCCACAUUGUUGUGAGCGAGACAACGCCGUCCCGCAAGCGAAUGGCAAUGCACUUCGGGGCAGAUACCGUGGUCAAUCCUGCAGACGCGACUGAGCAGGACCGAGUGCUAUUGGCAGUGCGCGAGGUUAAUGCGGACGGGGUUGACGUGGCCUUCGAUGCCACCGGACUUCAGGCCACAUUGGACACUGCGAUUGCGGCUAUCCGGCCGGGAGGGACUGUGUUCAACGUAGCAAUCCAUGAAAGACCUCUGCAGCUGAAUCUCAAUAAGCUUGUCUGUUUUGAAAAGCGACUGAUCGGUGGCAUCUGCUACACUCGGGAUGACUUUGCCGGAGUACUUCAAGCGCUUGUAUCUGGCAAGGUCCCUGCCCAGGAUAUGAUCACAUCCAUUGUCCCAUUGAGCGAGGUGGUCCAGAGGGGGUUCCUGGAAUUAAUCAACCACAAGGCGGCUCAUGUGAAGAUUCUUGUUGAGCCUAGCAGGUUUCGAGCGCACAUUUGA